UUUGACUUUUAUUUUUUUCAUGUCAAACUAUGCUGUUGUUCUUAUUUGUCUAAUAUUUUUCCUUUUCCCCAUAGACCAUUUGGAGAACCACAAUAGAUAGAGGGCUACCAGUUGACAUUGAAAUGAUCAAUUACAAUGGUUUAACACCGCUGCACGUAGCAGUUCUGUCUCACAAUGCGGUCGUCAAACAGCUCAGCUGUCUGGAGAAUCCUCACUCCUCCACUGCAGAGGGGCUGAUGCAGAGGAAGUGGAUGUUUGUUGAAUGUAUUAAGACUCUGUUUCUCAUGGGUGCCUCCCUCACCACCAGGGAUCUCAAAAGUGGACGGACUUGUUUUCACAUGGCUUCAGAGGAAGCAAACAUGGAGCUGCUGCAAGUGAUCCUCAACCAGCCACUCUCUCUGCCCAUCGUGAACUUUAAGACUUUUAGUGGGAACACGGCGCUGCACAUCGUCUGUUCACUGCACAGCAACAGGAGCCAAGUGGAAGCCGUGAAGCUGCUGAUGAGAAACGGAGCCGAUCCUGGGAGCAGGAAUUUUGAAAACGACCUUCCAGCUCAGCUGGUGCCUGAAGGAGUCACUGGUAAAAAGGUGCGGCAGAUCCUGAAGGGAAACAUGCUCAAGCUUAAGUAAAGCUCAAAAUCACUGUCAGUCAGACAGUCCACUCUAUCUAAAGAUUUGCCAAACAAAAGGCAAACGCUGGUUGUUUCAGUGAAACAGUUGUUCGUUACUAAGUAAUGUACUUUAUUCGUCUUAUUGUUUAUGUAUU